AUGAUUAUUUAUCGCGAUUGUACGAUGGCCGAGGAGCGUCCACCAGUAGAUGAUAGGGAACUGGACCUAUUGGUUAUUAGUUUUAAGCUAGUAGCUUACAUCCCUCACCACCCUGAGGUGUGGUUUGCUGCAUUGGAAACGCAGUUUAUCACCCGUUAUGUGCGGAGCCAGCGCUCCAAAUACGUUCACUCGGUAGAGGCGAGCCCUGGCGACCGAAUGUUCGUUGUUAGGGAUAUUAUUCCUAAAACGCCGGAGAAGAACGCGUACAACGUUCUGAAGGCUACUAUCCUUCAGUUUUACACCCCCUCUAACGAGAAAAGGUUGCUGGCUCGUCACCCGAUUGGUGACACGACGCCAAGCAAGCAUCUGGCGCGUCUACGCACGUUAGCCGGCCCAGCAAACGCCCACUCUGAUAUCGUCAGAGAGCUGUGGCUAGAGUCGUUGCCACGUCACGUCCAACCGACGGUAACGGCUUUGCUAAAGGACUCCUCAAUCGUCAAAUCUGCGUCGAUUGCCAACAAGAUGGUUGCACGUGUCGGUAAUGAGGGUAAUUUCCUCGUUUCCACGACAUCGCAACCGUGCAGUGGGAAUAGGGAUAAGUAUGCGGUACGGCCUUCACAGCCACGACCACAAUGCAUAUACCACUUCUUGUCCUUCAAGAGCAGAGUUCCGGUGCCCACAGCGAACCCCUAUAGGAAUAGGCCUAGGCUCGAACGGGCAGCACAGCCCACCCGCGUUCGCCGAAAGCAACCGAAGGCUCAGAAGCCACCCUCGCGCAAACCACCCGAAGCCCCGGAUGACCCCUCCGAGAGUUACUGCUGGUUCCAUCGUAGCUAUGGACCAGGAGAUAGCAGUUGCAGGAAGCCCUGUACCUACGCGACGGGAAAAAAAGGUGUACCGAUUCCCGAUAUUCCUGUGGAUUUCCAGACAUUGAUCGCCCGAUUCCCCAAGUUGACUAAACCUAUCGAGGAUUUGACACUAGUGGCUAAUGGUGUUGCACAAUACGUAGUCAUUAAGGAUUCACCAGUCACGGCACGACCUCGCUGA